UCCCUCCUGUCAUCAUUAAGUUUGAGGAGCCAGAGAAGAGGCAUGACACGUGUAUGGUCUUCACGGUGCGUGCAAACCCCCUGCCCACCCUCCGCUGGUACUAUAAUGGCAGGGAGAUCAAGCCGACAGACUAUGUUACACCAAAAAUGGAUGUCUAUCUGGACAACUUAGAGGGAUGCCUCUUAUUCAAAAACCCCACACACCACAACAAUGGGAAUUACACUCUGGAGGCCAGCAACUUCCUGGGCGUGGCUGUCAAAACUGUGUACGCCCACUUUCUUCAGCCACCCUUUGAUGUAGACUACACAGAAUAUGGGAGUCCGACUCCGACAGCUGUUACAACCAUGACACAUCGGCCUGAAGAGGACACGUUUGGCGUAUCGAUUGCAGUUGGCUUGGCUGGCUUCGCCUGCGUUCUCCUUGUCGUUAUGUUUGUGCUAAUCAACAAAUAUGGCAGACGCUCAAAGUUUGGCAUGAAAGGACCCGUGGCUGUGAUCAGCGGUGAAGAAGACUCCGCCAGCCCCCUCCAUCAUGUUAAUCAUGGCAUCAUAACCCCGUGUACCCUGGAUGCUGGGACAGACGCCGUAGUGAUCGGCAUGACCCGCAUCCCAGUGAUCGAAAACCCGCAGUAUUUCCGGCACGGGCACAACUGCACCAAGCCCACAACUUAUGUACAGCACAUUAAGCGCAGAGACAUCGUGCUCAAGAGGGAACUGGGCGAAGGGGCCUUUGGGAAGGUAUUCCUGGCAGAGUGCUACAACCUUAGCCCCACUAAGGACAAGAUGCUGGUGGCUGUCAAGACCCUGAAGGAUCCCACCCUUGCGGCGAGGAAAGACUUCCAGCGGGAGGCCGAGCUGCUGACCAACCUUCAGCACGAGCACAUAGUGAAGUUCUAUGGCGUCUGUGUAGACGGAGACCCGCUUAUCAUGGUCUUUGAGUACAUGAAACACGGAGACCUCAACAAGUUCCUCAGAGCUCACGGUCCAGAUGCAAUGAUCCUGGUUGAUGGACAGCCGCUGCAGACCAAUGGGGAACUGGGUAUGUCUCAGAUGCUGCACAUAGCCAGUCAGAUCGCAUUAGGGAUGGUCUACCUGGCAUCUCAGCACUUUGUGCAUCGUGACCUGGCCACACGCAACUGUCUGGUGGGCAACGGGCUGCUGGUGAAAAUCGGAGACUUUGGAAUGUCAAGAGACAUCUACAGCACUGACUACUACCGGGUGGGAGGACACACAAUGCUGCCCAUUCGCUGGAUGCCACCAGAAAGCAUCAUGUACAGGAAGUUCACAACUGAGAGUGACGUGUGGAGCUUCGGCGUCAUCCUCUGGGAGAUCUUCACCUAUGGCAAGCAGCCAUGGUUUCAGCUGGCAAAUAAUGAGGUAAUCGAAUGCAUCACACAAGGACGCGUGCUGGAGAGGCCACGGCUUUGUCCCAAGGAAGUAUACGACAUUAUGCUGGGAUGCUGGCAGAGGGAACCACAGCAGAGGUUGAACAUCAAAGACAUCCAGAAAAUUCUUUAUACCUUGGGCAAAGCCUCACCUGUCUACCUGGAUAUCCUUGGCUAGUGUUUAUUGGGAAUAUGUGUGGAUGUCUGUCUAUGUCUAUCCAUCGGAGGAACAAACGAUCUGGGAUUUACCCUGAACAACAUGUACCUUACUGCGCCACUGUCGGACACCUGCAACAUGGGGAUGGACUUAAGUGCCUGCUACUCCUUUCGAUACACUGGAUAACAGUCUUUAAAAAGCACUUUUACAUUUUGUUUACCUGCAUAUAAAAUGUACAGUUCUGCAAGAAGAGGAGUCUCCUUUCUCUAUUUCUUCUUUUCUUUUAGUUUUGGUAAGAACAGCCUACUUUCAAACUCUAACAAAGGAAUAAUGAAAAAUUCCCCCUAAAGUAUGGAGAAAAUAGUAUUUUUUUUUCUUUCUUUUUUUUCUGACUGCUUGACAACUCUCCUGGUGGUUACAUGUUUUUUCAUUUUAUAAAUAUAUAUAUUUUUAUUUAUUUUUCUUUCUCUGAGUGUGGAUCUAUGCCAUGUUUCUUGCUAAGGGUAUAUCGCCUUUCGGAUAUGACUGCUGACCUUAGCCAUGUCAGAUGAUUGGCAAGGACUUAAGAAGAAAAGAAAAAGAAAAAAGCCUUACUGCGCUCUGAUUGGCGGAUCUUCUCUUUGACUCUACUGGAAGUAUCCAACAGGGCUUUUCAAUAUUCUGAGGAGCUUUUUAGUGAACGGAUUAACUUGAAGGAUCCACCAAUCAUUACAAAGGAUUUUAUUUAGAAUAAAACAAAAACAAAACAAGGAAUGUAUAUAAUGUAAAUGUAUGUGUCACAAGUGACAAUAUGUUAACUUAUUUCAUUUCCUUAUUAGAUGAUUUUAAUUCCUUGGCGUGCUGU